AUGUCACAAGUCUCUCAUGGCUACAAGCCAGCACGCAAUAACAACACGGAACUUGAGCUUCAUCAGGGAACAACUGCUGAGCCAAAAGGGGUACCACAGAGGCAAGGUGAUGCAGUAAGCGCAGGGCCUCAACAAGCUAAAAGCUACGGCAAUCAGCCAUUUACCUCCCACUCCGUCACCUCAGGGCUUCCACGUUCUUUAUUCAAUCAGCUUGGUCACGUGCCAGCCCAGCGCAUUGCGCCUGCGAGCCCAAAUAUACAAUUGCAUACUGCUAGGGCGUCUUUGGUACAAGAAAUUGGACCGGAAGACGGUGCUGCAACUCUCCCUCAGCUUCAUGACGGCCAGAAUCAUAUCGCUGAAAAUGAGCGCCUAUCCAAACUGGUAGAUCGCAUGCUUCUCGCCAAGAUCAGAGACCUGAUGAUGGACGCUAUAAAAGGUAUCGACAAAAGCGUCACGGAUAUUUGGACGAGUCCAUUGUGGCCCGUCCCGUUCCGGUUCCAUUUCGGACCUGAUCCCGACGAUAUGGUGGAAUUGAGUCAGUGUAGCCUCAGAGAGAGUACAAAGGCCACCCUCAUUGAACAAGCAUUUCGCGAUGCCUGGCCGAAAAACGGCGAUUGGUUAAAAGCACUUGUCGUUGAGAGUGACGGCCACGGCCCCGCCGUUCUAGUUCCUUGGUCAUCGGUUGGGAUGGCGUACCAAGAUGACCUAAAGUUCGAAUAUGACCAUAGGAUCUCUAACCGAGGGCUUACAAUCACCCUACAGACUGUCACCUUCGCUUAUGAGGGGCUUUGGCAUAGUUGGUGCUAUGCCGCCAGAGGUACUCGAGAGCAACGGGAACAAAUGGGGGAAAAUAAUGAUACUCGGCAACCUUCUUCAACACCAACUUCCGAGGAGGGGCCUAUCGAGGGAUAUACUUGCCGUGAAGGAAAAUGUGUGUUGAGCAAGCGACAAUAUACGACUAUACGGCACGACUCUGAGGAGAUUUGCCUGGGGGAGAGACGAGCACGCGCCUCUUCACUAUACUGUCCCUGUGUGAUGAUUGGAUGCCUGUACGCAAAAGGCACUUUCAAAGCAUCCGUAAUGUCAUGGAAGAUUGGGAACGUUAUGGCUUCAAAGGUAUUGGAAUACUGUAUGGACGCUUGGGGCGAAGCACUCGAAGCCAUAGACAGGCUUGCUCAUGUUAACUUGGAAGACCUUAAUGGUCGGUCACGAGUAGAGUACCUCAUGUUUGAUCAGUCUUUCGACCGAUCUAAGGACUACUUUGUGGCUCUUCAGCUGCUGAGGAUAGUCGACGAGUGGCUGGAUGAAAUUGUUCCUAGUCUCAAGGAGCUGCGAAUGAAGCCAGGUCUAACUCAUACUGAAGCAGAAGAGAAUCUAGAUGCCGCCAUCAGAUUCAUGACUGGACGCGCUGGUGCUGUUCAAAAUCGAGUCCGAAGGAAGGUUGAACAGAUCAACAGCUUACGGGACGGGUUAUUCAGCGCUACUUCUCUUCGGGAAUCAACUAAAGCUAUGGCAUUAAACCAAGCAAUCUACGUCUUCACUGUUGUGACGGUUCUCUUCACGCCAGUGAGCUUCCUCGCGACGUUUUGGGCAUUGCCAUUCCUGAACAACCCAAAAGAAGGCAGCGGUGUUGUGUCAGAGCCUUCGGCGUUUCGUAAUAGCUUCAUUGUUAUGCCUCUCCUCACCUACGCCCUGGUCAUCGGCGUCGCGUGGGCCGUGGGAAAACGCAACAGUGGCCGCGCACUAUUGGACCUGCUCAGAGAAUAUUGGGGGAAAUCGUGGUCGCUCAUGAGAUCUGCAUGGACCUCGCGUCCACAAUUGCCUUGGAGAUAUAGGGGUAGUUCUCCUUACCCUGAGGCCUGA